AUGGCGUUUGGGGUCCUGCUGAGUUCAGAGGUCAAACUAGAGUUAGCUGUGUUGAAACAAGAACAGCCCAACAAUAAAGACAACAACAACAACAACAACAAUUACAAUAACAACAAUAAUAGCAACAACAAACAAUCGGUCAAAAUAUUAGAGGCAACUCAGGGUUCCAACUUGGUUAUUAAGUGCCCAGCGGUCAUCAGCAGACCACCACCUUCUUAUAGUAUCACCUUCAAUAAUGCGUCCCUUCGUCUCAUUGAUCGACAUGUCCUAACUAGUUUCGGAUUAUUUCAAAUACUAAAAGUGGACUCGUCCGACGAAGGGGUGUACAGGUGUGUGGCCAGUAACAACGUUUCAAGUAGUAGCUUAACCUUAGAACCGGCCUUUCAAUUAGCUAUCGUUAAACAAGACAGACACAGAGACGGACAGAGACGGACAGUGACAGACAGACAUUCUCAAUUAGUGGAAACAGCUGAAUUCCGUUAUCGCUUGAAAGUUGCAUCAGCAGACGAUCGGGUAAAAUUGUACGUGCCAAGCAAAAACGUGACCUUGACCUCUAAGCAGAAUUUGACCUUGGAAUGUCUCACCUCUGGUCCUAGUGACGUGAAUGUCACGUGGGGCAAAUAUGGCGGGUAUUUUACGAGCUCAAAAACUCAGCAAAAAUCGGGUCGCCUAACGAUAACAAACGUCCAACGAAACGAUAUCGGAACGUAUGAAUGCAAAGUUUAUCCUAAUAACAAUAACGCUGACAUCAACAACAACAUCAACAACAACAACAAUGACGAUGAUGAUAGUAGGAAUGAGGAAGAUGAUGGUAGUAGUAGUAGAGGUGUCAAUCAAAAAGUUGUCACGGAAACUGUAUCGGUCAUGGUUUACGACACAACGGUCACCUUAUCAAACAUCAACGAAAAGCAAGAGGGCAUCUACCAAUGCUUCGCCAGCAACUUAAUCGGGUCAGCCAAUAGUGCCGCAAGGCUGAUUUUAUCUAGGUCAAACCAGGUCAAAGACCAAAGACAAAACAACAUCGAAAUUUACAACAGCAUCAACAACAACGACAACGACAUUGAAGAAGAAUGGCGCAAAAAAACCACACCGGCCAUCGUCGUCAUCGUUACCAAAGACGCAAAAUAUCGACGCUGGGAUACAAUAGAUGAUAUGGUAUCCUAUAAUGAUAGAUCGUACGUUGUAUCUAAUGAUAUCAUGCUGCCAGGCAAAACUUACCGUUUCCGAAUCUGUCUCUUUGACGCGAGACGACCUCGACCUUGUAGAUUUAGCCAAGAAUCAAACAAACUAUUUAUAACAGACGAUCAGCAGCAGCCAAUAGAAUCGCAGCAUCAGCAGCAACAUCAGCAGCAAAUAAAAACGCAGCACCAACAUCAACAGCCAAUUGAAUUGCAACAUUCAAAUGUGGUGAAACCUCCUCAGCCAAUCAUCGUAGAGGCUUCGUCGCCCUCCUGUACGGAGAUCUUGAUUCGCUGGCAGGUACCUGGUUAUGACAUACAAGAUAUAGACGGUGUUUACAGCAUAUCGACGAAUGACUAUGAUGAUGACGAUGACGAUGAUGAUGAUGAUUACAACUACAAUGAUGACGACGACGAUGAUGAUGUUGCUGGUAGUCAUGAUUAUGAUACUGAUUUACAUUAUAAUAAUGAUGAUAAUGGUAGAGAUGACGAAGGCGAUGAUGAUGAUGAUGUUAAUAAUGAUUAUCUGAACGAUGUUUAUGAUGCUAAUGACGAUGAUGAUGACGAUCCCAAACUCAACGAAAGUAACACAUACGGUAACAAUUACGUAAAGAAAGGCCUUAAUAACAAAAAAAUUAACGGCGAUAAUAAUAACAACAACAAUAAUAAUAAUAACCCAAAAAACAAUAAUAAAAAUAAAAGAAGAAAAAUUAAUGGCAAAACAAGAAGAGAUAGAAGGAGCGUAAGAAAAGGCAUACAACACUUCUACAUACAUUAUGCCCCGUACGAGCACCAGACAGCAGUCCAGACUUUGAAAGUUGACAGCGGGAGAAGUAGAGAUGUGUUGGUGGCGAAGUUGAAGCCCUCCACGGCCUACCUGUUUAAAAUGCAAAGUGUAUUUUACGACGAAAAUGAGAGUGAUUAUAGCAAGCCUAUUGUGGAAUGCCAACUGCCUGCAAACCACAUCAACAACGAAUACAACAACAACAUCAACAACAACAUCAACAACAACAACAACUUUGACUACAACAACAACAUCAACGACAACAACAACAGAUUCAACUACAAAAACGAGAAACAAACCAAAAGCACCAGCCCUAAAAAUCUGCAAAAUGUGGCAAGCCCCGACUUUGCCAGCCAGUCUCUCUACGUGAUUGGUGGGGUAAUGUCUGUCCUCGUUGUGGCCGCUUUCGUGGCUGCUGUCGCCAUCUGUUGCUAUAAAAAAAAGAAAAAGAAUGGAUGCAACGAUAAAAACCCACACCUCAACCAAUCACUGAUGCAUUGCUACCAAGGCAGCCACCAUCACCAUCAUCUGAUUGGUCCAAAUGAGACCGUAUGCUCCACCCAUCUGCCAUCCUGCAACGGACAUUGUACGUUAGGAGGGGGCACUGUUGAAUACUGCCAGCCAAUGAACGUCGAGGAUUCUGUCAGGGCUCUUCCCAUUGGGUCAAAAUUUCAAGCCAACUGCACUAAACUACCUCCAGAAUUAACACUACCGCAUCCACCUCAUCAACAGUUUUCUUGUCAGAAAAGCCUAACCUACUCAAAAUGUACAAACAUCAGUAAUAAUAUCACAGACGAAGGCGUUUUGUAUGACCAGCUGACUGAUCCAGAAGAUAGAAACUGCACUACCAUCAACAACAACAACAAAAACAACAACAUCAAUGACAUCAACAAUUCUAAUUUUGCCGUCUGUAGCAACAUCAACAGCUGCAGCAGUAAUGGCAGCGGCAGCCACAGCCACAACAGCAGCAGCAACAACAACAACAAUGAAAUUUUAUUAAAUUACACUAGUAACAACAACAUCAACAACAACAACAACGCUAACAGCGCUUGCAUUUUAAAUUUUAAUUCAUUUCAGCAACAGCAACAAGUUGCAACAAACCAGCCUCAACCACUCACCUCAGAUGCUUAUUGGGUCUUGGAAAACCAAUCAAAUCUCAACAAUAACAUCAACAACAACAACACUAACACCAACAACAUUAACAACAACAAUUACAGUAACCCACAUUCAGAUGAAAGCGUCAGCGGCGAGAGUAGUGGCGGAUAUUACGUCACAAACCACAAUGUGGCCACCGACAACCACAACUACCCACACAACAACAACAACAACAAAAGUUUAUUUUUACAACAACAACAAAAUCAGCAACUAUUUUUGCAAAAACCGGCGCUUAACACAACAAGCGAAUCAAUGCUAGAAAAUAAUCAUCAUAGUAGGAAAAACAACCCAACGUCACCUUCAACCCGAUUGGCCAAUCCUAAUUUCAAUUCGACCAAUCAGCUAACGCAGCCUUUUAUACAGCCACAGAUGUAUUGCCUAACUAGAAACAAUGUUACAAAUUGUGAGAAAGAUCAUGAUGAUGGAAAUGAUAUCAUGGCCUAG